GACGGUUGAUCUGUCGUUGAAACACACACGCACAAGUGAAUUGUGUCGUGUGUAGAAUUUCUACUGCUAUUAAUAAGCGCGCCGUGUUUGCACGUUCGCGUUACGCACAAGAGAGUAAACGCAAUUGUCGCACAAGUAUUAUUGUUGUUACUUGUGAAAAUUGAAGUUUUACCGCUGUUAGGAAAGAGAGCGAAAUGAAGGUGGCUGUUGUCGGCGGCGGAGUGGUGGGAUUAACGACGGCCGCACUUGUGCAGAAGGAUUUGUUCCGCAAUGCUGAAAUAACAGUCCUAGCUUCAGAUUUCGACGAUAUUGUCAGUUACGUAGCCGCGGGACUUUUUAGGGUCGGUUCUUCCUUCUCCGGUCCGACUGACGCGAUAACAAGAAAAUGGGUGAAAAAUUCCUACGAAUUUUACGACGCUAUUCGAAAAACGGAGAAUGCGUCUUACGCUGGAGUGACCGAUAUUUCCGGAUAUAUCUUCGCUAAUUCAUCGUCGAACGUUGUUAAAAAUCAUUGGCUCGAGCGCGUGGUGCCGGUGUACAGACGAGCGACAGAGGAGGAAUUUCAACUGGUUAACGGCAAUUGGAAAUACGGAUCAUUUUUCUCGACCCUUCUCACACAAUGCAGUUUAUAUCUUCCAUGGACUAGACAGAAACUGCAAGAAAACGGAGUUUUAUUUAAACAGAGAAAAUUGAAUUUUCUCCACGAACUGAUCGGCGAAUACGACGUCAUAAUAAAUUGCACCGGGCUAGGAGCGCGACAGUUGUGCGGCGAUAAACGUCUCGUUGCUCUACGGGGUCAAGUGCUCAAAGUAAAAGCACCGUGGAUUAAAACGUUUUUCUACGGUGAACUGGACACUUAUGUCAUACCAGGUUUCGAUGGCGUAGUUACUCUGGGUGGGUCGAGAAGCUACGAUUCCGAGAACAUGAAACUGUGUCCUCACGAAACCGCAGCAAUUCGCGAAAGAUGCGAAACGUUAAUUCCGUCCUUGAAAGACGUGGAAGUCGUGAGUGAACAAAUGGGCCUGCGACCUCACAGAGAAGGCGGCGUUAGGGUUGGGGAAGGGAGUCGCUUUAGCAAUGGUCACUCCAAAGCAGCUAUAAUUGUACAUAAUUACGGACACGGUGGUUACGGGGUUUGCAUGGCUCCCGGAACCGCUAUGGAAACUGUAAAAACGGCUAUCGAGCUUCACAAAUCUACUACUUCCAAAAUCUAAUUGCCAAGUUAUAUCAGUUUUUUUUUUUGUAUUAUAUAAGUACAUUGCGUGUGCAAAAAGAAAAUAUUAUUCACAGCGCAUCUUUCUAUUUGGAAAUAUAUAUAUAUAUAUAUAUUUUUUUUUUAUUAACGAGUUCACAUACGAAAGUUAGAGCAAUAUAAUACUGUAUGGUACUGUUUACCGAAAUUACAGAAGUAAAACUUGUAAAAUCUAUAUCACGAGUAAAGUACGUACAUAUAUUCACGUUCAAUUUAUUAGCGGGAAAAAUAGUU